UGUGGAAACAUGUAGUAAUGGUUAGCAAUGGUUGCAGCAGAGCACCGUCGGAACCGACGCCGACGGGAGGCCAUCGACGAAGUACGGCGCCGCGUCGGCGUGCAAGUACGUGACCAAGAACGAGGACGGGGUGUCCAUGGCUGCUCUGGCCCUGAUGAACCAGGACAAGGUCCUCAUGGAGAGCUGGUACUACUUGAAGGAUGCGGUGUUGGACGGCGGCAUCCCCUUCAACAAGGCGUACGGGAUGACGGCGUUCGAGUACCACGGCACGGACGCCCGGUUCAACAAGGUGUUCAACGACGGAAUAAGGAACCACUCCACCAUCCUCACCAAGAAGCUGCUCGACAUCUACCGCGGCUUCGAGGGCGUCUAGGUGCUCGUCGACGUCGGCGGAGGCAUCGGCGCCACCCUCUACAUGAUCACCGCCAAGCACCCCCACAACAGGGGCAUCAACUUCGACCUCCCUCAAGUCAUCUCCGAGGCGCCACCCUUCCCAGGGGUGGAACACGUCGGCGGCGACAUGUUCGCGAGCGUCCCAAGCGAAGAUGCAAUCUUCAUGAAGGUCAGAGAGUGCAUGUUUCCUUCAAUGCAAUCCAACUGAGAUUGACACUAACGAAUGCAGUACCGGAGAAGGGGAAGGUGAUAGUGGUGGAAUGCGCCAUGCCCGUGGUGCCGGAGCCGACUCCCCGAGCUCAGGGCGUCUUCAACAUCGACCUCAUCAUGCUGGCGCACAACCGGGGAGGGAAAGAGAGGACGGAGAAGGAGUUCGAGGGGUUGGCCAAGGAGGCAGGCUUCUCCGGAUUCAAAGCGAGCUACAUCUUUGCCAACACCUGGGUCAUGGAGUUCACCAAGUAGACUGCGACUGCACACUGUGACAUCGCUUGCGUUUGCUUCGUUCGGAGAUCUCGAGUCCUUUUAUCAUAUCUUGCGUGGAGUGUCAAUGAUAAGCGUUUACAUAACUUGAUGGAUUCCGUGGCCUCAGCCCGUUGACCAUGCACGCGUUGACUAGUCAACGAUUUGCAGAUCCAAUUUAUUUUUUAAUUAGUUUAGGUGUUUUAUAUGUGUCACAAGUUGU